AUGACCAAAUACGAGUUCGACAAUAGCGUGGCAGUUGAGUUUGAGCCUGAGAGACACAGUGAAGCCUGGCGACCAUGUCCGGAGCUGAGUACUGCAUUACGUUUGCCAUGCAGAUGCAAUGUGGUGCCUUUUGCGGCAACCGGACAACUUGGAGCUGUGGCCAUGGACUGCGAUCGCGUUGUCUUUCAUGGCGAUGCACCGCAGCUGCCUUAUGGCGCGCCCAUCGUGGCGUAUACGCAACGUUACAGCGGCCAACAAACAUUGCCCGCCCAGACAUUUGGACAGCUAAAGUUGCCCAUUGAGGAGCUGGAUUUGUCCAACAAUCUCAUACGACGCAUACCCGAAAAAGCAUUUGUUGGCUUAAAGGAUUCACUGAACGAGCUGCGACUGGCCAAUAAUUUACUGGGAGAUAAUCUCAAUCCCAUCUUCUCAACUGCCGAAUUACAUAGUUUGAAGAAUCUGCGACUGCUUGAUUUGUCGGGCAACAAGAUCAAGUUAAUUGAGGAGGGAGUGCUCAAGGGAUGCGUUGAUCUCAAGGAGUUCUACAUGGAUCGCAAUAGUCUGACAGCGGUGCCAGUCAAUUCUCUAAAUGGUCCAACUGCCCUGAGGCAUCUAUCACUACGUCAGAAUCAUAUAGCUACGCUCCAUCGGGAAUCCUUUAGUGCCCAGUCACAGCUGGAGAUUAUAGAUCUGCGUUAUAAUACAUUGCGCAGCAUUGAUAGUCAGGCUUUUCAUGGACUGCGAAAAAUACGGGAAAUUAAGCUGGCCGGCAAUCGCAUAUCCAAUCUGAAUAGCGAUGUUUUUGAGCAGCUGCCAAUGCUGCAAAAGUUGGAUCUCUCUGAGAACUUCUUUGGACAGUUUCCAACGGUGGCUCUUGUGCCCAUUCUUGGACUUAAAUCCCUGAAUUUGUCAUCCAACAUGCUACAACAAUUAGACCACACUCACAUGCAAGUGGUCAAGUCGCUGGAGAGCAUGGAUCUUAGCCGCAACAGCAUUACCAGCAUUCCGCCGGGCACAUUCCGUGAUCAGGCUGCACUCAAGUAUCUCGAUCUCAGCUUAAAUUCGCUGCGUACAAUCGAAGACGACGCCUUGGAGGGUCUGGAGAGUCUGCAAACUCUAAUCAUCAAGGAUAAUAACAUUUUACUGAUUCCUGGCAGUGCUCUGGGUCGUCUUCCACAGCUCUCCUCGUUACAAAUGGACUUUAAUCGUGUUGCAGCGCUCUCGUCCGAAAUUCUGGGAUCCCUGCAGGCGAGCGACAUUACCACACUAUCCCUGUCCCGCAAUGUCAUCCGUGAGUUGCCUCCUGGCAGCUUCCAAAUGUUCAGCAGCCUGCACACUCUCGACCUGGCCGGCAACUCGUUGGCCAUGAUCAAUGCGGACACCUUUGCGGGAUUGGAGAGCACGUUGAUGCAGUUGAAGCUGUCACAGAAUAGACUAACAGGAUUAGGCGGUAUGCCUUUGGUGCUGCCAGAGCUACGUAGUCUUGAUCUUAGCAACAACAAUCUUGGCGAGAUUUCUCCGACCAUUUUCAGUGAACUGGAGAAUUUGCAAUCGUUGAAUUUGAGUGGCAACCACUUGGCACCUCUGACUCCGGUGAUUUUCAAGCCGCUGACUCGACUUCAGAUCAUCGAUCUGAGUCACUGCAGCAUUCGACAGCUGAGCGGAGAUCUGUUGGCUGGAUUGCAGGAUCUGAAGCACAUUUACUUGAGUGGCAAUCAACUGCAGGAGUUGCAGGAUGGCAGCUUCUUGAACCUGUGGAACAUUAGCUCCAUUGAUCUGUCCAAUAAUCGCAUCAAUUCCAUUCGAGCUGGAGCCUUUGUCAAUGUGAUGCAGCUGAAGAGAUUGGAUCUGCAUGGCAACCAAUUGUCGGCCUUUAAGGGAGAGUUCUUCAACACGGGCACAGGCAUUGAGGAGCUGGACAUAUCGCAUAAUCAACUGAGCUAUCUGUUCCCAUCCUCCUUCCGUAUUCAUCCACGUCUGCGCGAGAUUCGAGCUGCCCACAACAAGUUCUCGUUCUUUCCCGCCGAGCUGAUCACAACGCUGCAAUAUCUGCAACACAUUGAUCUGUCCCACAAUCAACUGAAGACCAUCGAGGAGCUCGACUUUGCCCGCCUGCCGCGCCUGAGGGUGCUGCUCCUGGCCGAGAAUCAGCUGGACAUGGUCAGUGAAAUGGCCUUCCACAACUCGACGCAACUGCAGAUCCUCGAUCUGUCCAACAAUAAUCUCGAUCGCAUUGGCGAGCGCACCUUCGAAGGCCUUGUACGGCUGGAGCAACUGAAUCUCGAGCACAAUCGCCUCUCCGAGCUAUCCGACGGCGUCUUUGAGCACUCCAAGCUCCACAUGCUGGAGAGCAUUAAUCUGGCCCACAAUCAUUUCGAGUUUGCUCCUCUUAACGCCUUACAGCUUCGUCACUUCUUUGUGUCCUCGGUGGAUCUCAGUCAUAACCGGAUCAGAGACUUGCCUAGGGAUGACAGCAUCAUGAUGAACAUCAAGAGCAUAGAUCUGUCCUUCAAUCCACUCACUCCACAGGCUGUCCACAAUGUCCUCAACGAACCCAAGACCGUGAGGGAAGUGAAUCUGGCGGGCACGGGCAUCGAGGAAUUAAAACUGCUGGAAACUCCGUUCCUGCAGUAUCUGAAUUUGUCGAACAACAAGUUGCGUAAUAUCAAAUCGGAGGUGUUCCAACGGGUCACGUUGCUGGAAACCCUCGAUGUCUCCAGCAAUGAGCUUCAAUCCCUGGGCGAUCUUUCCCUGGCCUGGCCACAGUUGCAGGUGCUCCAAGAGCUGGACGUAUCCAACAACAGCUUUGAGCUCAUCUCCCAGUCGAACUUUGCCCAACUGGAGAUGCUGCGCACGCUCCGCUUGAACCACUUGAAACUCUGCAGCCGCAUCGAGAAGAAUGCCUUUAGGCCAUUACCCAAUCUUGCCACCUUGGAGGCUUACGAUCUGCCACUGUUGGGUUAUUUGGAUCUGCAGGGAAUUAUGGAGCUGCUGCCUGGUCUGGAAAUGCUGGACAUUGAGGUGAAGGAUGCGACAAUUGGCAGUGAACAAAUCCAGCCACUGAAGCAUCCUCGUCUCAGCUCCAUUGGCAUACGUGGAGAUCGUCUGAAGUCCAUAUCUUCGGGCACAUUGGCCGGACUCAAGAGCAACGAGCUGACCAUUAAGCUACAGAAUACCUCACUGAAUGCCUUGCCGCCAGCUCUGCUGUUCCCAGUGCCCCGAUCCUCGCAUCUCACACUGAACGUGGAGGGCUCCAAGAUAAGUUCGCUGGUGCCGCAAUUCUUAAAUGCUCUGGAGGAUCGUCGGGCCAGUCUGCAGCUGCAAGGAUUGGAGAGUAAUCCGAUUAAUUGCAAUUGUGAUGCACGUGCUCUGCGCCGUUGGCUACCUAACUCGGGUAUGCCCGACCUAACAUGCCAGGAGCCACCCUACAUGGCCGGUCGCAAACUCAUCGAGGUGGGCGACGAUGAGCUGACCUGCGACGCCCGACGCAUGACAUCAUCCACAGGUCGACCGACGACACCACAGCUGCAGAAGAGUUCCAGCCAGCUGGUGACACGAACCAGCAGCAAUCCCACCACCGAGGAGCCGCUGAUUAUCUGGAGUCUGGAGCCCACACAGCCGACGAUAAUGAAGAUUAAGACGAAGGCGCCGCUGAUGAAGGCCCAGGCGCCCAUAAUUGGCAACGAUGACACCCUGAUUAUAGGCAUUGUCGGUGGUGUAGUGGCCUUUAUAGCCAUACUCAUUAUCAUCAUUUGUAUCAUUCGCCUGCGCAUGAGUAAUGCAGAGUAUCAGCAGAGUGCUGCCAUGAUGGGCAUGCCCUCCAUGCAGAUGGGCGCCCACAAUGCCGCCUACAAUUACAAGAAUGGAGCUGGAGCGCCCACGGCUGCCCUCUAUGCUGUGCCACCGUAUCAGGCGAAUUAUGCCACACUGCCACAUAAGGCGGCCUCCAUACAUCAUCAGUCGACACAGAAUCUGACGCAGCGUCAGCAACAGGCUGUCCAACAGGCGGCAGCCGCCCAACAGGCAGCUGCUGUGGCUGCCUACUCGACCAUGUCACGGAUGUCUUACUUCAGUGGAGCUGGAGCUGGUGCGGCAGCGAGUGCUGAUGGUGGCGAGAGUUUGACGCAACAGCAGCAUCAGCCGUACAUCAUUUAUUCAGACGAUAAGGCAUAUAGAUAGACAAGACAUAUGGAUAGUCAAAUCUUAAGCUAUCAUUCUCCUCACAUUCUCCAUCUCUAUCUCAGUCAAACAGCAGCAGCAAAGCUGCCUAAAACAGGUUCUACACAAAUAUCAUAAAUAUUGUCAGCUUAUGUUGUAUAUAGACUUAGUACAUUCUAACUGUAUUUGUAUCUUAACAUAUUUAAGUCGAAUUGUCGCGUAUGCGUAAUAAACAAGUUAUAGUAUAAAUAUAAAUACGAGUACAA